AAAUCAUUUAAAUGCAUAUCCAAUACUUGUACCAGACAAAAAUCAACUUGGGAAAUUUAAAAAAUGCAAAGCCGAAAAUUCGUGGGUAGCUAGCCAUAAUUUAUAGCUCGCGCACUCGAAGGUAAAUAUUCACAUUUAAAUAUGGCACCCAGGUGAAUGUCGCAAGAAGAUUCAUCGUGCGAUAACAGCAAUUUUGAUUAUUACCGAGGAGAAAAAUAAUUUACGAGUACAUUACGCUGAUUAUCGCUCGAGGUGUAAAGCAAACAAUUUGGUUCAAUUCGGGUUUUAAUUUUGAACACUACUGAAGUUUUUUUUUUAAAUUUAAUUAAAUUAAUAAUAAUGCGGUGGAGAUUUGGUUGUGGUUACCUCCUUGGAGGUUUAUUGAUGAUUUUGAGUUUGCAUUCCAACGAUGCAUUGCAACUCAAGUCGGGAUACUACGAGAAAGCUGCGUUGGAGUUGAAGUCUUUGAUCGGUGACAUGUUACAAGAAGAUUUUCGACUUUUAGAUUUGAAAAGUAUGCUGGAUAAUGGCUUGCAUUGCACAGCCUGUACUUUAGUCACCGAAAUCAUCAACGAUAAACGCUCGUAUUUAAAAUUUAACCGACGUUAUAUGGAUAUAUUGCUUCGUGGUGCAUGCUCGGUACUUCAAUCAGCAAAUUUGAUGUCUGCUUAUGAAUGUAAUGGAUUAGUAAAUGUUUAUUCUGAUACUGUUCUAUAUUUGAUCAAUAAUCUAAAUGAUACUAGAAUGAUUUGUCCAAUAUUAUUCCAACCCUAUUCGUGUACAGACGUUCAGAAACCUGAAUAUUCAAUCAGUAUCAACACGGAUUCACCGAAACCGAAACGUGCAUCGAGUUUCAAAGAUGGUGCGCAAUUGCGUUUCCUGCAGAUUACCGACGUUCACUUUGAUCCUACCUACAAACCGGGGAGUAAUGCCAAAUGCAUGGAGCAUUUGUGUUGUAUGUCAAGCAGUGGAAGAGCUGACAAUGCAGCUGACCGGGCUGGAUAUUGGACUGAUUAUCGGGAUUGUGAUGUUCCGGAUUAUUUCAUUGAGGACACAUUUGACCAUAUUUCAAAAAAUGAAAAAUUUGAUUAUAUCUACUUUACUGGUGAUAUUAUCUACCAUAAAUUAUGGGCAACUUCAAAAACCAUGAAUUUAAGAGACAUUUAUCACUUUUGGAGGAUGUUUAAAGAUGCUUUUGGCCCUACCAAAGUAUUUCCCAUUUUGGGUAAUCAUGAGGUACACCCUUGUAAUCUCUACCCACCGGAAUACAUGAACAAAGGCAAAUUUUCAAUUCAAUGGUUAUUUAACGCCACAGCUGAAUUCUGGAAGGAUUUCCUACCUGCAGAAGCUUUGGAAACAGUGCGCAAAGGAGGAUACUAUUCAGUUAGUCCCAAGGAAGGUUUCAGAGUUAUUGCUAUCAACAGCAAUAUUGGAUACUAUUACAAUUUUUGGCUAGUUCUCGAUGAUCAAGACCCUUAUGGCCAGCUGCAGUGGCUCAGCGAUGAACUCCAGAAAGCCGAGGAUAACAACGAGGUAGUCCACAUUCUGAGUCAUGUCACUGCAGGUACAGAAAUGGCCAGUUCAUGGGCCGAGCAGCUCCGGUUGAUCAUUCGUAGAUAUCACAAUGUUAUCGGUGGAAUCUUCAAUGGCCACACACAUAUUGAUGAGUUUAAUCUGUAUUACGCUUUUGAUGGUAAACCAAUCUCAGUUGCACAUAAUGGAGGUAGUCUAACACCUUAUAGUGACGUCAAUCCGAAUUAUAAAAUUUACACUGUGGAUCCCACCAAUUUUGAAAUUUUUGAUUUUGAAACAUAUAUGGUAAACCUAACUGAAGCCAACCGUAACUGGAGGGAACGUCCCCGCUGGCAGAAACAAUACUCUCUUCGAAGUGAAUAUGAUCUGCAAGAUGCCUCACCAGAAAGCAUGCAUCUGCUAACAAAACGCCUAGCCAGGGACGCCGAAUUGAGGGAACUGUACUACCAAAAUUCCGUACGCUACGGAACACCUUCACUGGCAAACGGAUGCGAUAAGGACUGUCAAACCAAGCUGGUGUGUAAUAUUGUCAACACAGUCAACUCGGAUACAUCCUACUGUGACCAGCUGCAGAAACAGAUGGAGUAUAAAGAACAUGCAAAGAAAUAGUAAAUAUCCACCAAGCAAACACACCUACCAUCAAACAAAUAUCACCUAAUGCGGUUGUUGUACCCGUUGUAUGAAAUAAAUUGUUUGGUGCUUUCGUCAACAAA